CAUAAUAGUAAUUAGUAAAUUAUUGAUCAGUGAUCACACUAUGUCAACUGAUAAAGAAACAGAAGCUGCCGCUGCUGAUGCCUGCGUUGAACAACCACCGUCUACGGCGGAGGAGGCAAAGCCAGCUAAAGAGAAGAAAACAAGGGCUCCUAAAGAAAAGAAACCUAAACAACCCAAGACUGCUGCUCAUCCUCCAUAUUUUCAGAUGAUCAAAGAAGCCAUAUUUGCUUUAGAUGAAAAGAGCGGAUCAAGCCCAUAUGCCAUAGCUAAGUACAUGGAAGAGAAGCACAAAGCAGUUCUACCUUCAAAUUUCAAGAAAAUUUUAUCUCUGCAAUUGAAAAACUCGGCCGCAAGAGGAAAACUAAUCAAGAUCAGAGCUUCUUAUAAGUUAUCUGAUUCGAACAAGAAAGAAAAGGACACCAAGGUUUCAAAAGCUGCAACUAAUAAGACACAGACGAAACCUAAAAAAACUGGUGCUGUUACUACAAGAAAGACGAGAUCAUUGAAUAAAGUUGAGGCUCCGAAGAAAGGUGGGGGUUCUAAAAAGGCGAAGAAGACGGGUUCUGCUAAACCUAAACAGCCUAAAUCGAUCAAGUCCCCUGCUGCUAAAAGAACCAAGAAAGUUGCUGUUGCUAAUGCUGCUUAAAAACUAAGAUUAGUGUGUAAAUUAGUGUCUUUAAAUUACGAUGAUGACUGUAAUUAGCAUAAUAAUGGUGGGCGUGUUUCUCUGUAAAUUAAUCAAGUGUUUUACUUUUUAUAUAAGUUGGGUCUUUUUGUAAUCUAUGCAGGUUGGUGAGUUUUUGAAAUAAGAACUCAAGUUUUGGCUAA